GCGGGUUAGGAUCGCCUCGCCAUAGAGAGAAAAAGUGGGAAGGAAAAAAAGAGAAGAGAUAAUAACUCUGAUGGAUCCCAACAAUAACGGUAGCGGCGGUGACCCGAACCCGGACGGCGGGGUUGCACCGCCGAAGGGCUACGCGCUAAGUGGCAAGAUUAUGCUCACCGCCAUCGUCGUCCUCUUCACCGCCGUCCUCCUUAUCCUCUUCCUCCACCUCUACCUCCGGUGGCGCGUCCUCCGCCGCACGUCCUCCGGCCGGCGGCGGCGGCGGCGGCUCGUAUUCGCCGGCGAGGACCAGAACUCCCCGUUCCCCGCCGAUCGUGGGUUAGCUGCUGAUGUUCUCAAAUCUCUUCCCGUCUUCGUGUUCUCCGGCGGCGGCGGCGGCGGCGGCGGGGAUGAGGUCGUAGAGUGCGCGGUAUGCCUGGCCGAGUUCGAGGAGGGGGAGAAGGUGCGAUCCCUCCCGCGAUGUGGUCAUCGAUUUCAUAUCGAGUGCAUCGAUAUGUGGUUCCGCUCCCACGCCACCUGCCCCCUUUGCCGCGCUGCCGUGGAGGCGGCCCCUCCGCCUGUCAAUAGGACCAUCUCUGUGCAGGUAUCGGCGUCGGAGCCGGCGGCAGCGGCGGAGCGCUCCACUUCGGUCUCCGAUUUGGGCUCCAGAUGCGGCGGGGAGGAGGGGAUCGGGUCUUCCUCAGCUAAUUCGGGAGGUCCAGAAUUGAGGAUCGAGGUGCCGGCGAGGAGGGGCGAGGGGUUUAGGGGGUCGGAGGAGGAGCUGGGGUUAGCGUUCGGGUUGGGAUCGCCGGGGGGACAGGGGAUGAAGUCGCCGGCGAGCCGGAUUCUUCUGCUGAGGAGGCUUCUGAGUAGGGAUUUGAGGAUCUAUCGCGGCGGGAGUUCGGGGGCGGAGCUGGAUUUGGAGCGGGGGGAAGUGGCGGAGCGAUCUCCUCCGCCGCCCCAUUCUCCGUCGCCACCGCCACCACCACCACCGGCGGCCGCAGUUUGACAUGGGUUGGACACGUGGCGGGAUCGCAGUCGUCGGUGUGCGCGCAGCGACUCGGAUCUGAUAGUGUAAGUGUGUCAAGUGUAAAGAUUCUUUUAUUGGUUGCCUUUUGACUUUUCUCACGGAGAGAGCUGAAGGCAGCGAGAAGAGAGAAGGGGAAGGGUUUGUAAGUGAAUGGGUGUAAAGUUGUGACGUGUGAGGGGCUUUCUUGUUAUUUUGGGAUUAUUACGGUUUACGAUCUUGUAUAUGGAAGUCGUCGCACGGUUCGGAGAUGCGUGUCCCACGCGUUUGUGUGCGGUCAGUCCAAUCGCUUCUUUGACGCGUAUCAUUAAAUGAUUUCCGAUAUCUGUGCA